AUGACACCGGACCACUCGGUGCUGCUGGACGGUGACCUGGUGCUCGGCGGCCUGUUCCCCGUGCACGAGAAGGGUGACGGCACGCCGUGCAGCGCCAAACUGUACAACCGCGGCCUGCAGCGGCUCGAGGCCAUGCUGUUCGCCGUGGACCGCAUCAACAGCGACCGCCGCCUGCUGCCGCACACCACCAUCGGCGUCAACAUCCUGGACACGUGCAGCACCGACACGUACGCGCUCAACCAGUCGCUGGCCUUCAUCAAGGCGCCGCUGGACGUCAUGGACACAGUGGCCUUCGAGUGCGCCGACCGGUCCACACCCCGGCCCAAAUAUCGUUUCAAAUCGGUCAGCGGAGUAGUUGGCGGCUCGUAUAGCACAAUCUCCAUCAACGUCGCCAACUUGUUCAGACUCUUCCGCAUCCCGCAAAUCUCUCCAGCGUCCACUGCACAGGCGUUGAGUGAUAAAACUCGUUACGAGUUUUUCGCGAGGACGGUGCCGCCGGACACGUUUCAGGCCACGGCACUAGUGGACAUGGUGCAGUUGUUCAACUGGUCCUACGUUAGCACAAUCGCUUCUGAUGGUUACUACGGACACAGCGGCAUGGACGCAUUCCACCGCCAGGCUGCAGAACGGAACAUCUGUAUAGCGGUGGCGGAAAAGGUGCCGCGCGACGCCACUGCAAAAACCUUCGAGAACAUCAUCAUGAACCUGCAGAAGAAGCCGAUGGCCCGGGGAGUGAUCCUCUUCGUCAGAGCCGAAGAUGCAAGAGGUGUGCUGGAGGCGGCGAAGCGCCUGCGGCUGCGCGAGCCGUUCCACUGGAUCGCCAGCGACGGCUGGGGCAAACAGGAGAGCCUGGUGCACGGCGUCGAGGAGGUGGCCGAGGGCGCCAUCACCGUGGAGCUGACGUCGCGCCGGGUGGCCGCCUUCGACCGCUACAUGGCCGAGCUGACGCCCGACACGAACCGGCGCAACCCGUGGUUCCGCGACUACUGGCAGGCGUUCUUCGGCUGCUCGCUGGCGCCGGACGCGGCCGAGGACACCGCCUGCGACCCGGCGCUGCGGCUGCGGACAGAGACCGGCUUCGUCCAGGAGUCCAAGGUGCAGUUUGUCAUUGACGCCGUCUACGCGUUCGCGCACGCUCUCGAGGCACUGCAGCUGAAUGUCUGCGGCGUCAAUCUGGCAGUCUGUCAAGAGAUGAGGAAGUAUGACGGAGGCGACUUCUACAAAAAGUACAUCCUGAACGUGUCGUUCACAGACAUGGCUGGAAGUAAAGUGAUGUUUGAUGAGCGGGGAGACGGGAUGGCUCGAUACACCAUCUUCAACUAUCAGCGGGACCCAGUCACUGGGCUUCACCAGUAUAAGGUGAUCGGCCAGUGGGAGGGGGAGCUGAACAUGAGCGCCGACAGCGUCCGGUGGAACCGCGGCCCGGAUGACCUGGUCAAUAGAGUGCCGCUCUCCGUCUGCUCGCUACCCUGUGAAGUCGGAGAGGUCAAGUACAUGCAACAGGGCGAUACGUGCUGCUGGAUGUGUGACAAGUGCGAGCCGUUCGAGUUCAUGAAGGACGAACACACGUGCGAGGACUGUGGUCACGGCCGGUGGCCCUACCCCGACAAGCUCUCCUGCUACGACCUCGAGGUGCAGUACAUGAAGUGGAGCUCGCCGCUGGCCAUCGGGCCCAUCGCCAUCGCAGUCAUCGGCAUCCUGCUGACGCUGCUGGUGAUAGCACUGUUCCUGCGGCACGACGAUACACCGAUCGUGAAGGCGUCUGGCCGCGAGCUGAGCUACAUGCUGCUGGCCGGCAUCCUCAUCUGCUACCUCAACACGUUCCUGCUGCUCACCAAGCCCAGUCCCGCCGCCUGCGCCCUGCAGCGCGUCGGCGUCGGGCUUGGCUUCGCCUUCAUCUACAGCGCCCUCUUCACCAAGACCAACCGGAUCUCGCGCAUCUUCGACUCGGCGUCGCGCUCUGCCAAGCGUCCGAGCUUCAUCAGCCCCAAGUCCCAGAUCGUGAUCACGACGCUGCUCAUCUCCGUGCAGCUGCUGGCCACGGCCGUGUGGCUGCUGGUCGAGCUGCCCGGCGUGCGCUACGACUACCCGGACCGCGGCCAGGUCAUCCUCAAGUGCCGCAUCAAGGACUCGUCGUUCCUGGUGUCGCUCGUCUACAACAUGGUGCUGAUCGUCGUGUGCACCGUGUACGCCGUCAAGGCGCGCAAGGUGCCCGAGAACUUCAACGAGACCAAGUUCAUCGCCUUCACCAUGUACACGACGUGCAUCAUCUGGCUGGCGUUCGUGCCCAUCUACUUCGGCACGGGGAACUCGUUCGAGGUUCAGAUCACCACGCUGUGCGUGGCCAUCAGUCUGUCGGCCUCGGUGGCGCUUAUCUGCCUGUACGCGCCCAAGGUCUACAUCAUCGUCUUCCACCCGGAGAAGAACGUGCGGAAGCUGACGAUGAACAGCGCUACCUAUCGAAGAGUGCCGUCAAGUUCGGCGGCACCAUCUCUCAACCACACUUCGGCCACGACCGAGGUGAAGCUGUUGGCGUCCUCGGGGGCCGGCUCCCAGGCCACGGCCACCUCUGUGGUUCCCCAGGAGGACGGCGACCACCGACAGCGGCCCAACAACACGGCGCCCUUAUGAGAGCAGGCCUCUGGCGCGGCCGGCCGUGCGCCGCCGCCGGCGCCGGCCGUGCACGUGGUGGAGAACCCGCUGCCGGCCGAGGAGCCGGCGCUGCGGCGCUGGGUGUCGGCCACCGGCCGCAGGGGCGCCGCCGACUCGGACGGACCGCCCAGCUACGCCUCGGUGGUGGGGCCGGCGCGCGGCACGCCCGACUGGACGCCGGAGGCGGCUGCCGACUGGCCCGACGAGGACGACUCGACGAGGGCGCACUGUGGCGACUCGCCGCUCUCCAACGGCGUCGAGCCGGCGCUGCUGCCGGCCGCCGACAUUUACACAGAUGCCAAGGAGUUGGCCAUCUAGGUCGAACUUUGACUGCUAAUUCGCAGCAGGAACGAUGCAGGGGAAUUCGGCAUAGGAAGCGUCCUUCGUAUGAAACUUUGUGACUUUGUUCAGGUUUCAGAGAAUGCAACUGGAGUGCUAUGGGGACUGGAAACGAGUGCUAUUGGCAUGUCAAAGCGUGCGCACAAGUGCAAUGUCUGUGGAAAUGUGCUGGCUGAGGUUCGGUGUCGAUAAGUGGUUCUGCCGAACUAAAGACGGGUGUGCUCUGCUCUGGGAAUGAGUCCUAUUUUACCGCUUUUUUCCUUGACAGUAUCGAGGUUAUUAAUGAUAGACGUCGCAUGGGUGAGCCGAUAGUGUAAAGAGGCUAGGCGUGAACGUAAACAGUUAAAUAUUAUCCUUGCAUCAUGUUAUUUGCCAACACGGCUCCAGAAUGUCUUCAUCUCAUGCUGUAUGCAUCGACUCCAUUCAUUGUACAUAGUUUUGUUAAACAUACCUAGGUACAGAUAGUGAAACAUGCGACCGAUCUGCUUAGCUUACCCGGGUCAAAAUGGCAGUCAACGUGCAUUCUCACCUAUCAAUCCAUCGCCUGUUUGAAAAAAAAAAAUGAUUGGCAGAAGCGCACAAAAGUACAUCUUCAACGUAUAAAAAAGACUGGAGCCUAAAAUCACAAGAACAGCGUAACAGCCGAUCAUAGAAGAGCAUCACAGGCAUGUACUUUAUGACACAUUGGCCCUAUUUUUUACGCUGUGUAGGUGUACGAAUCUAUAUGUUUGUCCAGUCUCUGUGAACUACGCAGGUCUUUUAUUGACGCCCAUACGACUCAGUGAACGAAUAUUGGAGUGCAUCCCUUUCAACGCAAUAGGCUCUUAGUAUUCAUGUGCACUAUAAUUUGUAUGCUUUGCCCUGUGAAGGUGCGUGUGUCUGUGAUAACUUUAAGUAACUCGUGAGACAUUGCUCUCAAGAAGUCAGUUUUUCAAGGGAGCUUAUAUUUAAAUCUAUCAUAGUUCUUAUUGUCCUCUACGGCAAUAGCGUUUCGGAAGUGUUGUUCUGUGUUUACAUGUGUGCAGGUAGAUGUGACGUUGCUUUCUUGGGUAAUAACAAUCCUACGAUCUCUACCAAUACACCGCUCCGUUUUUAUUGUAAAA